UGCUGCCUAUAUACAGGGGGGGGGCAGAAUCCCUUCUCUGCAAGUCACUGAGAUGGGAAAGUGAAAGUGAUCUGAGCAGAACCCAUAAGAGAUGGAGCAACGAGGGGCUCUCCUGAUUCUGCUCUUCUCAUUCCUCUCCCCCUCAGGGGCGGCUCUAGAGCUGACGGCUCCUCCCACCCACCGAGCAACAUUAGGAGCUGAUACCCUGAUUCCCUGCACAUUCCGAGUAGAGACCCCACCUGUGGACCCCCGACACCUGGCGAUAUUCUGGUACUUUCAGGAUAAGGAGAUCCUUAAUGUCACAAGUACAGUGGGGACCUCUAACCCCAGACUGUCCAUAAACAGAGAGACCAUCAGGGCCGGAGUCGCUUCCCUCUCUAUCGCUAAUGUUGAGAUAUCGGAUGGGGGGCUGUACAGAUGCUCGGUGCUUUACAGUCCGGACAGGAGGUACAAGGAAGUCCGACUUGAUAUUCAGGCGCCCCCCAGGAUCACUCUCACUAAUAAUAUUGUUAUUAAGGAUAAGGAGAGCACCCUGAGUGCCGCCAUUACUGGGUUCUACCCCGUGGACAUUGACAUUAAAUGGCUCAGGGAGGGGGAGAUACUGGAUGGUGGGACUCUGUUCACCCCCCAGAGAAAUGCAGAUGGUACAUACCGAGUGACCAGCACAGUGACCAUUGUACCCACCGAGGGGAACAGGAACCAGAACUUCUCUAUCCGGGUCCAACAUGAGUCUCUCUCUGCCCCAUUACAGGAGGAUUUCCAGCUUCUCUAUGGAGCUCUUCCCUCAGCCGCCAUCUUGUAUGAACCAUUUAAACUGAACGUGCAGCAGAUCCUGACAUGCCGAGUGUGGGGGUUUUACCCAGAAUCCAUCACAGUGAAUUGGUUUGUGAAUGGAACGCGGGUGGAAAGAGCUACAGUCCGGAGAGUUAAUGGUUCUGCUGUGGAGUCCAAAUUCCUGUUCCUCCCAGAAGCUGAGACCAGAGGAACAGAACUGAGCUGUGAGGUGCAACACAAGACCCUGCCGGACCCCCUGGUGCGCACACUGCUGGUGCAAAUCCCCGAUGUGAGUGUGAGGCACCGGGGGGCCGUGCGCGUUGCUGCUAUUCUCACCCUACUUAUAGCUGGAGUCGUAUUUAUUGUUACACACUCUAUUAUCCAGCAGAGAAAGUACCAACCGAAGGUGAGAGAAAUCGUGCGCUCAGACAAUGGGGUAUUUAGCUUAGAAGCAGACAAUUUCUCCCCUAAAGAAAUCACCAUUUCAUGGGAGGUGGCACAGCCGGCGGGAAGUGCUAAGUACCAACCUCUCGGGGCUUCUCCUCUCAUGAGUGCCAACCAAGAUGGCAGCUUCAAUGUUACCAGCACCUGUGAGCACCUGAGAGAUAAAGUGAGUGGGAAUGAGCCCUUCUCCCUCCGGGCCACCGUACAACAUGGGCGGCUGAAACAGGCGGUUUGUAAGGAAUGGAACAGUGAUAAUGAGGAAUAUCAGAAAUAUCUCCUGUCGGUGCCGGUGAUGGGGGAAAUAACCCGCCCAACUCUGUACCAUAACAAGGAGGCCGCCCUACUGUGUCCCAUCUCUGGGUUUUUCCCCAUUAAUCUAACUGUCACUUGGUACAAGAAGGAGAAGGAAGGGCAGGAGUUAACCCCUUUAUCACCAAGUGAGAUGUACAAGAUCCCAGAAAUCAGUCCCCACAAACAAGAGGAUAAAACAUUCACCGUUACAGCGAGUUUGGUUUUCUCUCCAUCACUUACCAGGGACAAUGGGGCAGAAUUCAUCUGCCGAGUGGAACAUCCCAGCCUGGAGGGGGCGAUAGAGAAGAGCUCAGGCCCAAUACAUGUGAAAGCCAAACCCCAGGUCAUGCAGCCCAUAAAGCUCUCCAUUAGUGCCUCCGGGGAGGUUCUCUGCUCCCUGUUUGUGCUGAGCUUUUACCCCAAGGAGAUUCCCAUCACUUGGAGCUAUGGAUCCGGCCAAUCACAAGAGACAAAACCAUCAGAGGAGAAAUAUAAGGACAAUGAUGAUGGGACGUACGACAUGGAGAGCACAUGUACAGUUCCUGGGAGUCUCUUUAAUGACCCAGAGUUUAGAGUAAAAGUAAAAUGGAAACACCAGGCAAUGAAUGAGGAGGAAUCCAGGGAAAUGUCACUGCGAGACCCAGAUUUCCCCUGGCGCCCGACCAUUGAAGAGAUUUCCCAGUUUAUCUGGAUCCGGGACCAGCCAACCAAUCUGCGCUGUAAGGUUUCUCCGUACUUCCCUGAUGCUCUGACUGUGAGUUGGAUGGAGAAGAGAAAGGGAAGGGAUCCCCAAGUGAUCCCUGUAUCUAAGUAUGGGAAGUACCAGAUCCCAGAUAUGGCCCCAGAGAGAAGGAAUGAUAAUACUUAUACCUACACAGCCCAACUGUCUCUCCCAUCAUCCUCCUCACGUGCAGAGGAAGAUCUGGAAUUCAUCUGUAGGGUGGAACAUCCCAGCCUGGAGCGGCCCAUAGAGAGAAGCACUAGGACCCGACAGUUUAACGCGGCCCCCAAGCAGCCAAUCCCAGUGCAAUGGUCUCUGUCUGAUACAGGGGAAGCUCUCUGUACCCUCAGCCUGCAGAACUUUUAUCCCAAACCCAUAGAACUCACAUGGACCUGCCUGACUGGGUCACAGCAAACAAACCUACACUCAGAACCUCAGUACCAGAAUAAUUCUGACCGAACCUUUAAUGUUACAAGUUCAUGUUCGGUACCUGAGAAUCUGCUCCGACUCCCAGACUGUAAGAUCCGUGUCACCUGGAACCACCCGGCCACGGGGGCAUCUGAAUCCAGCGAGAUCUGCCCCAGAGACCCAGGUUUCCCAUGGCGCCCCCAGGUGGCAGUGCAGCCCAUACCAACCCUUACACUGGGCAGAGAGGCGACAUUGCGGUGGGAUAUUUCUGGCUAUUUCCCCAAUGCCCUGACAGUUACCUGGGCACUAAGGAAGACUGGGCAUGAAGAGCCGAUCUCUCCUCCCCACACACAGAAUUACAGGGCUGAGAAUAAACCAGGAAGGGCCCAAAAUGGCACAUAUAUCAGUACUGAGUAUCUUCCCUUCAUCCCAUCUAUACUCUCCCACCAAGGGGCAGAAAUUGUGUGCAGAGUGGCACAUCCCAGCCUGGCACAGCCCAUAGAGAUUGGCACUGGGGCCUUACAGAUAACAGUGGCGCCCGGGGCCCCCGAGCCUGUGAGAUUCUCCAUCAGUGACUCAGGGAAGGAGAUUGUCUGCUCUCUGACUGUCAGGGGCUUCUACCCCAAAGAUAUUCAUAUAGAAUGGGUCAGAACCAGGUCCCACAAUCACCCCCGAGAGAUAAUUCCAUCCCAGAAAGUGAUUCAGGUUAAUGAUGAUGAGACAUUUACUGCUGUGAGUGAGGCCACAAUCCCAUUAAACAGUCUCAGUCUCCCAGUGACAGUGACCUGGAACCAUAAACCUACGGGGCAGACUGGGAAUGCAGAGAUUCACCCACAUGAUUUCCCCUGGCGCCCAGUAAUGGCAGAGAUACUCACUCCUGAUCUGUAUGUGGGCACUGAGGUAGAAAUACUCUGUCCCAUCUCUGGGUAUUUCCCUGAUAAACUCACUGUCACUUGGUAUAAGGAGAAGGGGAAGGAAGAUCUGGUUCCUGUUACUGGGAAAGGGAGGUACAAGAUCCCAGAUCUCAUACACCAGUACCAGGCGGAUCGGACUCUCACCUGUACGGCACGUUUGGCUUUCUCUCCAUCCCUGAGUGAGGAACAUGGGGCAGAAUUUAUCUGCAGAGUGGCACAUCCCAUUCUACAGGAACCCAUAGAGAAGAGCAGCGGCCCAUUGUCUGUCUGGGCGGCCCCCAAGCAGCCAAUCCCAGUGCAAUGGUCUCUGUCUGAUACAGGGGAAGCUCUCUGUACCCUCAGCCUGCAGAACUUUUAUCCCAAACCCAUAGAACUCACAUGGACCUGCCUGACUGGGUCACAGCAAAGAAACCUACACUCAGAACCUCAGUACCAGAAUAAUUCUGACCAAACCUUUAAUGUUACAAGUUCAUGUUCGGUACCUGAGAAUCUGCUCCGACUCCCAGACUGUAAGUUCUGUGUCACCUGGAACCACCCGGCCACGGGGGCAUCUGAAUCCAGCGAGAUCAGCCCCAGAGACCCAGGUUUCCCAUGGCGCCCCCAGGUGGCAGUGCAGCCCAUACCAACCCUUACACAGGGCAGAGAGGCGACACUGCGGUGGGAUAUCUCUGACUAUUUCCCCAAUGCCCUGACAGUUACCUGGGCACUAAGGAAGACUGGGCAUGAAGAGCUGAUCUCCCCUCCCCACACACAGAAUUACAGGGCUGAGAAUAAACCAGGAAGGGCCCCAUGUGGCACAUAUAUCAGUACUGAGUAUUUUCCCUUCAUCCCAUCUAUACUUUCCCACCAAGGGGCAGAAAUUGUGUGCAGAGUGGCACAUCCCAGCCUGGCACAGCCCAUAGAGAUUGGCACUGGGGCCUUACAGAUAACAGCGGCCCCCAAGCAGCCAAUCCCAGUGCAAUGGUCUCUGUCUGAUACAGGGGAAGCUCUCUGUACCCUCAGCCUGCAGAACUUUUAUCCCAAACCCAUAGAACUCACAUGGACCUGCCUGACUGGGUCACAGCAAACAAACCUACACUCAGAACCUCAGUACCAGAAUAAUUCUGACCAAACCUUUAAUGUUACAAGUUCAUGUUCGGUACCUGAGAAUCUGCUCCGACUCCCAGACUGUAAGAUCCAUGUCACCUGGAACCACCCGGCCAUGGGGGCAUCUGAAUCCAGGGAGAUCUGCCCCAGAGACCCAGGUUUCCCAUGGCGCCCCCAGGUGGCAGUGCAGCCCAUACCAACCCUUACACAGGGCACAAAGGCGACAUUGCGGUGGGAUAUCUCUGGCUAUUUCCCCAAUGCCCUGACAGUUACCUGGGCACUAAGGAAGACUGGGCAUGAAGAGCCGAUCUCUCCUCCCCACACACAGAAUUACAGGGCUGAGAAUAAACCAGGAAGGGCCCCAUGUGGCACAUAUAUCAGUACUGAGUAUCUGCACUUCAUCCCAUCUAUACUUUCCCACCAAGGGGCAGAAAUUGUGUGCAGAGUGGCACAUCCCAGCCUGGCACAGCCCAUAGAGAUUGGCACUGGGGCCUUACAGAUAACAGCGGCCCCCAAGCAGCCAAUCCCAGUGCAAUGGUCUCUGUCUGAUACAGGGGAAGCUCUCUGUACCCUCAGCCUGCAGAACUUUUAUCCCAAACCCAUAGAACUCACAUGGACCUGCCUGACUGGGUCACAGCAAACAAACCUACACUCAGAACCUCAGUACCAGAAUAAUUCUGACCAAACCUUUAAUGUUACAAGUUCAUGUUCGGUACCUGAGAAUCUGCUCCGACUCCCAGACUGUAAGAUCCAUGUCACCUGGAACCACCCGGCCAUGGGGGCAUCUGAAUCCAGGGAGAUCUGCCCCAGAGACCCAGGUUUCCCAUGGCGCCCCCAGGUGGCAGUGCAGCCCAUACCAACCCUUACACAGGGCACAAAGGCGACAUUGCGGUGGGAUAUCUCUGGCUAUUUCCCCAAUGCCCUGACAGUUACCUGGGCACUAAGGAAGACUGGGCAUGAAGAGCCGAUCUCUCCUCCCCACACACAGAAUUACAGGGCUGAGAAUAAACCAGGAAGGGCCCCAUGUGGCACAUAUAUCAGUACUGAGUAUCUGCACUUCAUCCCAUCUAUACUUUCCCACCAAGGGGCAGAAAUUGUGUGCAGAGUGGCACAUCCCAGCCUGGCACAGCCCAUAGAGAUUGGCACUGGGGCCUUACAGAUAACAGCGGCCCCCAAGCAGCCAAUCCCAGUGCAAUGGUCUCUGUCUGAUACAGGGGAAGCUCUCUGUACCCUCAGCCUGCAGAACUUUUAUCCCAAACCCAUAGAACUCACAUGGACCUGCCUGACUGGGUCACAGCAAACAAACCUACACUCAGAACCUCAGUACCAGAAUAAUUCUGACCAAACCUUUAAUGUUACAAGUUCAUGUUCGGUACCUGAGAAUCUGCUCCGACUCCCAGACUGUAAGAUCCAUGUCACCUGGAACCACCCGGCCAUGGGGGCAUCUGAAUCCAGGGAGAUCUGCCCCAGAGACCCAGGUUUCCCAUGGCGCCCCCAGGUGGCAGUGCAGCCCAUACCAACCCUUACACAGGGCAGAGAGGCGACACUGCAGUGGGAUAUCUCUGGCUAUUUCCCCAAUGCCCUGACAGUUACCUGGGCACUAAGGAAGAUUGGGCAUGAAGAGCCGAUCUCUCCUCCCCACACACAGAAUUACUGGGCUGAGAAUAAACCAGGAAGGGCCCCAUGUGGCACAUAUAUCAGUACUGAGUAUCUGCACUUCAUCCCAUCUAUACUUUCCCACCAAGGGGCAGAAAUUGUGUGCAGAGUGGCACAUCCCAGCCUGGCACAGCCCAUAGAGAUUGGCACUGGGGCCUUACAGAUAACAGCGGCCCCCAAGCAGCCAAUCCCAGUGCAAUGGUCUCUGUCUGAUACAGGGGAAGCUCUCUGUACCCUCAGCCUGCAGAACUUUUAUCCCAAACCCAUAGAACUCACAUGGACCUGCCUGACUGGGUCACAGCAAACAAACCUACACUCAGAACCUCAGUACCAGAAUAAUUCUGACCGAACCUUUAAUGUUACAAGUUCAUGUUCGGUACCUGAGAAUCUGCUCCGACUCCCAGACUGUAAGAUCCAUGUCACCUGGAACCACCCGGCCAUGGGGGCAUCUGAAUCCAGCGAGAUCUGCCCCAGAGACCCAGGUUUCCCAUGGCGCCCCCAGGUGGCAGUGCAGCCCAUACCAACCCUUACACAGGGCAGAGUGGCAACAUUGCGGUGGGAUAUCUCUGGCUAUUUCCCCAAUGCCCUGACAGUUACCUGGGCACUAAGGAAGACUGGGCAUGAAGAGCCGAUCUCUCCUCCCCACACACAGAAUUACAGGGCUGAGAAUAAACCAGAAAGGGCCCCAUGUGGCACAUAUAUCAGUACUGAGUAUCUGCACUUCAUCCCAUCUAUACUUUCCCACCAUGGGGCAGAAAUUGUCUGCAGAGUGGCACAUCCCAGCCUGGCACAGCCCAUAGAGAUUGGCACUGGGGCCUUACACAUAACAGUGGCGCCCGGGGCCCCCGAGCCUGUGAGAUUCUCCAUCAGUGACUCAGGGAAGGAGAUUGUCUGCUCUCUGACUGUCAGGGGCUUCUACCCCAAAGAUAUUCAUAUAGAAUGGGUCAGAACCAAUCACCUCCGAGAGAUAAUUCCAUCCCAGAAAGUGAUUCAGGUUAAUGAUGAUGAGACAUUUACUGCUGUGACUGAGGCCACAAUCCCAUUAAACAGUCUCCCAGUGACAGUGACCUGGAACCAUAAACCUACGGGGCAGUCUGGGAAUGCAGAGAUUCACCCACAUGGUAAGGGGAUGGAAAAGAAUAUUAAGCACAGGAAACCUGAUAGACAAAGAAACCCCACAAAGGAUGUGUACAUCUUCCGCUUUUGUAAGAUGGAAAAGAGAAACAAGGACGAGAAACCUGAUAGACAAAGAAACCCCAAGGAUGUUUACACCUUCUGCUUUUCUAAGAUGGAAAAGAGAAAUAAGGAUGAGAAACCUGAUAGACAAAGAAACCCCAAGGAUGUUUACACCUUCUGCUUUUCUAAGAUGGAAAAGAGAAAUAAGGAUGAGAAACCUGAUAGACAAAGAAACCCCACAAAGGAUGUUUACACCUUCUGCUUUUCUAAGAUGGAAAAGAAAAACAAGGACGAGAAACCUGAUAGACAAAGAAACCCCACCAUGGGUGUGUACAUCUUCCGCUUUUGUAAGAUGGAAAAGAGAAAUAAGGAUGAGAAACCUGAUAGACAAAGAAACCCCAAGGAUGGAAUUUAA